CUCACCGACUGCACGCGACCACUCUUCGGGGCAUUGUCUCCUACUUACUCUCUUGCAAGUUCGUUAGAUUAAAAACACAUCAUGAGGCUUGUCAUCUUGGAAACAUAUGAGCAGGUGUCAGAGUGGGCAGCAAAAUAUGUGAGAAAUAAAAUACUGAAGUAUAAUCCAGGACCUGGCAAGUGUUUUGUACUUGGUCUACCAACAGGUGGCACUCCUAAGGGCAUGUAUAAGAAGCUGGUAGAAUUCUACAAGAAAGGGGAGCUUUCUUUUAAAUAUGUUAAAACCUUUAACAUGGAUGAAUAUGUUGGACUUCCUCGUGAUCAUCCAGAAAGCUAUCACUCUUUCAUGUGGGAGAAUUUUUUCAAGCAUAUAGACAUAGACCCAAGUAAUGCCCAUGUGUUAGAUGGCAAUGCUUCAGAUCUUGUCAAAGAAUGUGAAGAUUUUGAGGCCAAGAUCAAAGAUGCUGGUGGAGUUCAUCUGUUCAUUGGAGGAAUAGGAAGUGAUGGUCAUAUUGCAUUUAAUGAGCCUGGCUCAUCAUUAGUUUCAAGAACACGAGUCAAGUCCUUGGCAAAAGAAACCAUUGUAGCCAAUGCACGGUUCUUUGAUAAUGACAUGACCAAAGUACCAACAAUGGCUCUUACUGUGGGUGUGGGCACUGUGAUGGAUGCGAGUGAGGUUCUUAUUUUGAUUACUGGUGUACACAAAGCAUAUGCCCUGCGAUGUGCAACAGAGGAAGGAGUCAAUCACAUGUGCACUGUGUCUGCCUUCCAGCAACACCCAAGGACCAUUUUUGUAGUUGAUGAUGAUGCCACCUUGGAGCUGAAAGUCAGAACUGUGAAGUAUUUUAAAGGCCUAAUGGAUGUUCACAAUAAGCUGGUAGAAGAUCCUCAAGAUCCCACAGAUGCACCACCUAGUGCCAAGAGGUUGAAAUCGGUUUCAGAUGAUGAUGGAAGAAAUUAAUGGCUUUUCAUACCUUAUCUUCAUCAGGUUAUUUUCUACUAGCCUCACUUUACUAAAUAUUUCCUCUUUGAGGUGAGGCUUAACUCAGAUCAAAGUUAUGUUGACUUAAAAAUAAUUCUGAUUCAAGUUGCAUGGACAAUUGUUCAGAUUUAUUUUUUGAUAGAAAUGGAGAAGACUUAGUGUCCAUCGUAUUGAAAUACAAAUGGUAUUAAACGUAGUAGUUAUGGUGAAAGUUGGAAACCUGAAAAACUUUUAGUAACAAUUCAAAUUUGUUCUCAAAGAACCAAGAAUGGUGAUUACUGACUUAAUAAUAAAAAUAACAAUUUUCUUGAAUGUGAUUGGUUUAAAAAAAUCCUAUUUUCCACUAAUUCACGUGCCAAGUUGUUAUUGGACAUUUUAAUAAGCUAAUCACAUUCAAAGUUGUAGUUAAAAUCAACCAUCACAUUCAAAGUUGUAGUUUAAAUUAGCCAAUUACAACCUUGGUUUCAAUCACCACAGAAACAGUGCACAGACUGCUAAAUUGUGGCUUUCUCUUGAUGCAAAUUUUCCCUUUCUUUCAUAACUUUUUUUUCUUUUCUUGGGAGUUGUAAUGUUUAUGAUUAAUGUAAAUAUGACAUGUCGUCCGAUUCAGUCUGUAAUCAUACGAGUUAUAACAAAAUUGUUGCUCGGAAGAUUGGGCGACCACUUCUCACCUUAUUAACAAUAAAUAAAUUAUUACUAUUACCAUUACUAAAAUCGGACUAGCGCGCAGAGGGAGUCAGAUUUGUUUAUCACCAUAACUCAUAAGACCAGUUGAUAUUGAUAAGAGAGCGUUAUUGCAUAAUAUAUUCUUUUAAAGAGCAAAGUCAGAGAGAAGCUUAAGCAGGGCAAAGAAGUUUAAUUGAUUUUCCCCAAAUCAGAGCUUAAUCACCUUAUUACACUACUGAAAUUGUCUCAACUGAUCACAGCUAAAAAUAGAUAUGUUAAUAGUGGUUUACACUGUAAUCAGUCAAGGGACAUUUGUUCAAUAAUAAGAAACGUGGAACUUGGAAAUGUUUCUUAGUGCAAACGAAAUUUGACUGUCGUUAAAUUGGAUUUAACUUGACAGAACUUUUUAUGAUAAUUUCUUUAUUUUCUUGAUGGGCAGUUGUUAAAAAAAAAGAGUGGUUUCCCAGAAUAAAGAUUGAGAAUGUU